AUGAACAUCGACUGGCUCUUGGACGGCGGCUACCUGCCCCACGCCGUCAUCCGCGUGGGCAUCCGCCGGCAGCUCGCCGACCGGCAGCGGUCCAUCGCGUCGAGCUCGCACGCCGAGGCGCUGGCGCGCAAGCUCUCGUUCGUGCGGGACCUGCGGUCGCGGCCCAUCGCCGUGGAGACGGCGACGGCCAACAAGCAGCACUACGAGGUCGGCACGGGCGUGCUGCAGGCCUGCCUGGGCCCGCGCAUGAAGUACUCGUCCUGCCUGUACCCCACGGGCAGGGAGACGCUGGAGCAGGCCGAGGUGGCGAUGCUCAAGAGCUACGUCGACAAGGCGGGCCUCGUGGACGGCAUGGAGAUCUUGGACCUGGGUUGUGGCUGGGGUUCAGGAGCGCUCUAUUUCGCCGAGGUGCUACCUGGGGCCAAGGUUACAGCCUUUUCCAACUCGAGGACCCAAAAGCUGUAUAUCGAUGAGCAGGCCAAAAAGAAGGGCCUCACCAACCUGACCGUCAUCACCGGCAACGUAGUCGACUAUGAGUUUGAAAAGGGCCGCUUCGACCGCGUCGUAUCGAUCGAGCUGUUCGAGCACAUGAAGAAUUACGAACUGCUCAUGGCCAAGGUGUCCAGGGCUCUGAAGCCCGGCGGGAAGCUGUUUGUGCACAUCUUCUCCCACAAGUCUGAUCCUUACAACUACGAGGAGGGCUGGAUGACGGAGCACUUCUUCACUGGGGGCACAAUGCCGUCCGCGGAUCUGCUGCUCUACUUCCAACGAGACCUCAAGCUCGAGGAUCAGUGGUGGGUCAACGGACAGCAUUAUUCCAAGACCUGCGAGAGCAACGGUGCGCCUCGGAACGACAGUCCCGAGCCCUCGACGUACUCUCCCCGAUGCCAUCUCCCGAGUGAUGUCUUUUCACGCAUCGCCCUUCGUGCCCACUCUCGACGCGCUUCUUGCGUAAAGAAGUUAUCGACCGCGAGGCUGCGGAAUCAUCCCCACGAGCGACUACGUUGUGGCGGCCCAGCCCUCGGCCCUGGACUGCCCACUCUCAGCAGCGCUAUGGAUCCCUCCCAGCCGACAUCGCCGCGCACCUUUGCGCGGCAACACCAGCGACCCAAAUCCAGUUACCAGGGUUGUUCGAAGCUACAGGACUACGAGCUUCUUGGCAAGCUUGGAGAAGGCACAUUCGGUGAGGUUCAUCGCGCAAAGUCAAGGCGGACCGGCGGACAUGUUGCGCUCAAAAAGAUCAUCAUGCACAAUGAGAAGGACGGUUUCCCUAUCACUGCUCUACGAGAAAUCAAGCUCCUGAAGCUCCUCUCCCAUCGCAAUGUCUUGAGUCUCGAGGAUAUGGCUGUCGAUCAUCCUCCCAGUCGCACGGAUAAGAAAAAGCGCCCUGUUAUGUACAUGGUGAUGCCGUACAUGGACCAUGAUCUUUCUGGUCUCCUCGACAACCCCUCCGUCAAGUUCACCGAGCCACAGAUCAAGUGUUACAUGAUGCAGCUUUUAGAGGGCCUCAAGUAUCUUCACGAAAAUCACAUAUUACAUCGCGAUAUGAAGGCGGCGAACCUGUUGAUCAACAACAAGGGCAUACUGCAAAUUGCGGAUUUUGGACUGGCCAGGCACUACGAUGGCCCUGUUCCGGUACCAGGCCACGGAGGGGGUGAGGGCAAGCGAGACUACACGAGCCUGGUUGUGACACGCUGGUACAGGCCUCCCGAGCUGCUCUUGUUCCUUAAGAAGUACACCACAGCAAUUGACGUCUGGGGUGUCGGCUGUGUCUUUGGCGAAAUGCUCCGAGGAAGGCCCAUCCUGACUGGCGAGAGUGACGGUCACCAACUCGAACUCAUCUGGGACCUGUGCGGUAGUCCAACUGAUGAGAACAUGCCCGGCUGGAAGCAGCUUCCUGGAGGCGAAGGCAUGACCCCGCGGCGGCGGUCUGGUAACCUUUCUGAGAAAUAUCGAGACUACGGUCCACAAGCAGUCUCGUUGAUGAAGGAGUUGCUGAAACUGGAUUGGAAGUCUCGGGUCAAUGCCAUGGACGCUCUGCAACAUCCUUAUUUCCGCACACCGCCGCUCCCGGCAAAUCCAGGAGACAUCCCAACUUUCGAAGACUCCCACGAGCUGGAUCGUAGAAAGUUCCAUGAUCGGCGAGCGAAUCUUCCUCCAGCACCUAGGGGCGGUACUGUUGGUAGAGGUCAUCUCGAAGGGGCUGGAGGUGCUAACCCCGGCUUUGCCGAUGAUGGCUUCGGUCGAAACGGCAUACACAGCGGCCGACAUCAUCACGGUGGACAUCCUCCUCCUGAGCGCGCCCCUAGGAACGGCACUUAUGGAACCGAUGAGCGGCGGCCUGCCUGGGCUAGGGACCGAGCACCCCACGGCCUACCUCCCAGACCACCACCGCCGGCUGAUCCCUAUCCCAACGGUUGGGAUGCGGACCACCCCGACUCCUUUAGAGAUAGAGAUAGGCCGCCAAGGGGCCGGCCGGGAGGCCCUGGCGGUGCCAGCAGGGUAGAUGUCGACACCUACAUACCCAGUUACCGUGGCGAGCCAGGCCGAGAGAGGCCCCCGCCGCCACCUCGGGAUGAUCGCCGGCGCCGCGACAACCGGGACGACCCGUGGCACGGGCGCGAACACCCGCGGGAGCGUGGCGGGUACGACGAGCGGGAGCGGUCGAGCAGGACGAGGAGCCGGUCGCCGAUGCGGGAGAGGGAACGGGACAUGCGACGAUAUUAG